AUGACAGUUACCUUGUUGAUGCUAAUGGUGGUGUUGCUAGUCGACACCGGUUGUGCCACAAAUACAAUCGAGUACCUCUGCCCAAAUUGCGGGACGACUCCAGUCCCGUAUCCCCUCAGCACUUCUUGGACGUGCGGUCAACCCUCAUACCGGCUCCGGUGUGAAGGAGGUGUGUUGAAGUUUGAUACGCUAAUUGAUAACUACACUUACCCGAUCAUAUCUAUCUCCCCGGAAAACCAGCGUCUAGUGAUUCAGCAACCAUCGACUAUUUUACCAAACACCUGCGUCAGUGUCACCCAUGGCAUCCGGUUAAAUACCUCUUUGCCCUUCACCAUCACCUCCAGCAACACUCCUUUCUUCUUCAACUGUUCAAAUACAACGGCGUUACCUGCUGCUACUGCGUUAGAUUGUACCACAACCAGCCCUUGCCGGGCCUACCAGAAUGGCUCGGCUAAGAUGUCUGCAUGUGGUCAAACAGCACCGACUUGUUGUUCCUUAAAAAACAGCACACAGACAGGGUUUGAUUUUGUUUCGCUUGCUAUGGAACAUUGCGGGGCGUAUACAAACUUCGUGAAUCUGAACCUCUCGUUGCCAAUUAGUAGGUGGCCGGAUUCUGCUGUGGAGUUGAUGUGGGCGCUACCAUCGGAGCGGCCAUGUCAAACGCAAACGUGUUGCGAUUCGACCUAUAACUCUGUUUGUAGGGACGAUGGAGACGGCUCUCUAAGGUGCUACUGUAAACCUAAAUUCCGGUGGGAUGGUCUCGCCGGCCGAUGUGUUUCAGAUCUUAUAAGCGUCAGAUCAAAACAGAUCAAACUCGUGGCAGCUACAACAUGCAGUGGCGUGAUACUGCUUCUAUUGGUUGUAUUCGCGACAGUAAUGAUCAUCCGUUAUAAUAAUAGAAGUAAAGCAGAACAACGUCUUGCACGAGAUCGUGAAGAGAUAGUAUCAUCGGGAGACAGUGGAAAAUCAUCCAAGGUCUUCACGAGUAAAGAGAUCAAAAGGGCGACAAAUAACUACUCCUCCAAGGGUCUUCUUGGUGUUGGCGGUUUUGGUGAAGUGUAUAAAGGCGUACUGGAUGACGGAACCGAGGUGGCGGUUAAAUGUGCAAAACUUGGAAACACCAAAAGCGUUGACCAGGUCCUAAACGAGGUUCGAAUCCUUUGUCAAGUCAACCACAAGAACCUCGUACACCUCCUAGGUUGUUGCAUAGGAAAGAAGGAACCGUUGUUGGUGUAUGAGUAUAUUCCAAACGGAAGCCUUCAUGAUCACUUGCAUGACAAAAAUAAAAUACCCUUAACUUGGCCUCAGCGACUAGGGAUCGCACGUGACACUGCCGAGGGGCUCUCGUAUCUCCAUUUCUCUGCUUCUAGACCUAUUUAUCACCGCGAUGUGAAGUCUAGCAACAUCUUACUCGAUGAAAAUAUGAAAGCCAAGGUUGCGGAUUUUGGUUUAUCCAGACUGGCUCAUACGGACCUAACCCAUGUGACAACUUGUGCACAGGGGACAUUAGGGUACUUGGAUCCUGAUUAUUAUUGGAACUAUCAGUUAACUGAUAAGAGUGAUGUGUAUAGUUUUGGAGUACUAUUAUUAGAAAUACUUACAUGUCAAAAAGCUAUAGACUUUGGUAGAGCGACCGAUGAUGUAAACUUGGUUGCUUAUGUUAAACGGAUGGUGAAUGAGGAACGAAUGGUGGAUGUUAUUGACUCUAUGCUCAAGAAUCCUGCUACGUCGUUGGAAAUUGAUUCUAUGAAAGCGUUAGGGUUUCUUGCGAUGAGUUGCUUGGAGGAAAGAAGAGAAAAUAGACCUUCUAUGAAGGAGGUAUCUGAGGAGAUCGAGUAUAUCAUGGGUGUCAUAGCAGUCAUGGUGUGA